AUGGCCUCAUCACAAGAGUCGCUCCCUAUAAACGACCGGGAAAAUCCUUACUUUGUCGAAGCAUAUCCGACACCCACUACCCCGUCCCAGUUCUUGUCUCUCCUGUCUGCAUUCCCAACAACACCCACUCGGGAGCUGGUACAGCCAUAUUUAUCAUAUGAGACUGGGCUACGAAAAGCUUUCGCUAGGCCACACGCCGUCGUGGGUGGACCGGACGAUCUAAUCUCGAUCUACGAUGGUCAUGAGAGCUCAUUCAGAAUUCGGAUUGCUGAUCGCGAGACUACUGCUGCGGAUAAAUAUAUUAUGCCCUUAAAGCGAAAGGAAGUAUUAGGAGGACAGCCAGCGAUUGCAGGCUCCUUUGCAAAAUUCUGCGAGAACUUCGACGCCUUUACACACGGUAUCCUCCAUGACAUUAAUUGGUCCAACAUUGUUGUGGCUGGGUCAGCAGCACUUCUGCCAUUAUUGCCCCGUAGAAAGAAACGGUCUACAGCUAGUGCUGCGGUUGAGCGACCACUUGAAAACUAUUUUGACAACAUUGCAAAAGCCAGUGACAUUGAUAUUUUCCUUUAUGGAAUUCACGACGAACAGGUAGCCAUCCGGCGUAUCUCUGAGAUAGACGCUACAAUCCGCAAGAACCAACGCAUAAUCGUGGGGGAAGGCUUAUCACUCCAUACCAAAAACGCCGUUACUUUUAUUGCUCCGCGAUACCCACACCGCCAUGUGCAGGUCAUUUUACGACUAUAUGAUUCGAUCACUGAGAUUUUGACUGGCUUUGAUGUGGACUGUGCCUGUGUUGCUUUCGAUGGCAAGAAAGUAUACUCCAGUCCGCGAGGAAUCACCGCCAUCUCAACACGUACCAAUACUGUUGAUCUCACUCGCAGAAGUCCCUCAUAUGAGAAUCGGCUGUUCAAAUACCGCCAACACAAAUUCGACGUCUUCUGGGAGUUGCUGGACCGAUCGCAGAUCCAGUCGCUUGAUUUUGAGAAGACGAAGCCAUGGCAUUUCAAAGGUCUCGCUCGGCUCGUCAUGUUUGAAAGGCUUCUCCAGACGGGAUAUAGCCGUCCAUAUUACAUCCACAGGAAUUUCAAGAGAGUCGAUGGAGUGCGCGAUCCGGCACUGGUGACCAAGAAUCAUUUUCAUAGUAGCGGGUACACUAGCAUUGAGAUCCCGCACAGCGUGAGCUUUACCGCUGAUAAAGUCCGUAAAUUUGUGAAAAAACACGCCAAGGAGCCGUUUACGUAUGGUACGCUGAACGAGCUACUCUGUCAAAGGAGUACCGGAUGGAGGAGCGGAGAGAUAUCUCCAACUCUCAAAUUUAUCAAGGAAGAUUGCGGGAGACAAAUGAUUGGGAGUUUUUAUCCGUCUACGGCAGAUGAUUGGACUCAAAUGGCUUAUGGUGGCUUGGCGGAGAAUGAAGAGGAAGAAAGUGAUGAGAACGAAGAAUCCUCAAGCAGCGACCCCUCGUUACCAAGUUCGAGAUCAGGAAGACGCCGUAUUAAACGAUGGGCCGGAAAGUGCGUGGCCCAGGCAAGGUAUUUGAGAAGACACUGGAGGUCAAGCCUUGAGUCAAAGAUCCGUGCAAUAGCACACUCGACUUGA